AUGGCGAAGCGACUCCAAAGUACAAAGUUUGCCGGUGUGGAGAAGGGAAGGUCCAAUAAAGAAGUAGCAAAAUUAUUUGGCAUCCCACCUAAUACGCUUUCGAACUGGAAAAAAGAAAGCAUAAGAACUGAAAAUGUCCCCAUUAGUGGAAACCUUAUAAAGAAAAAGGCUCUUUAUUUUUCGAAAAAAUUAAGUCUUGAAAAAUUUCAAGCAUCUGAUGGUUGGUUAGACAAGUGGAAGAAAGGAUUUGGUAUAUCGUUCAAGACAAUUUCAGGAGAAGCAAAAUCGGUGACUGGAGAAAUCACAGCUUCAUGGUUGGCAACAGCUUUGCCGACACUGUUGUCCCGCUAUCCAUCGCAAAACAUUUUCAAUGCUGACGAAUUCGGCUUAUUCUAUUAA